AUUUUUGGAAAACAAGGAAUAUCACUAAAUAGUAAAUUCAUACUUUAUAUUGUGCAGUUUCCUCCCACACGCACACCAUUUCUCGUUUCUCCGUUGGACUAGAUCGCUUCAAGCCAUGGCAGACGAGAUUGAGCUGAAAACUGCCCCUGCUGAUUUUCGUUUCCCUACAACAAAUCAAACGCGACACUGUUUUACCCGGUACAUUGAGUUUCAUAGGUGUAUGGCAGUAAAGGGGGAAGAAUCUAAUGAAUGUGAACGAUUUGCCAAAUACUACCGUUCCCUCUGCCCUGGUGAAUGGAUUGAGAGGUGGAAUGAGCAAAGGGAGAAUGGGACUUUUCCAGGUCCUCUUUGAUCUUCUUUCAGAAGUCUUUGGCAACUUUGGUCUUUUUCUUUAGGUAUUUUCCUUGAAUAAAACAGCAAGGGGAUGUGUGAAUUCUCCUGGGCUUAUGAAACAGACGGUUGUUAUUUUGGAUCAAUUGCACAAAUUCUGGUUUCGGGUUGCGAUUCCUUUUCAGAUUGUAUCAUAAAUUUAACGAAUCCGGGGCCCCAACCCUUAGGUGAACUGCUAUUUUUUGCACAAUUUUUUUUACCAUGUCUAAUACCAUAUGAAGACAUGAAGCCCGUAUGAGGCUUGGGAGAGUAUCUUUGUUUUAUUUUAAAGAUUUUUUUUGUUGAAAA